UUGUUCUCAGAUGAAGAUGACGGUGAGGUGGGUGAGGCUGUGUGUGGUGGCAGCGUCACUGUUGAUGUAUGCCGCUUCAGUGACGGAGGUGCCGUCCAUCACCUCUUAUAAGGUUGUCCCGAAGUUUCCUAAGGAGCUCAAUACGUGUGGCCUCGGAAAAGUGACAUUGGGAGUGACCAGCACCUACCUCUGUGCCAUGGAAUGUCUCCACCACCCAGAGUGCCUCCUUUACUGCCUCAGUGGUAUGGAAUGUCGGCUCUACAAGGCCCAGGUAACGAGACACUGGCUUGGGGAGGAUGGAGGUUUGCAGUUUGACAAAUGUUACGCUACCUGGCAACAUCCCAUGGACCUUACCCCCUACAUCACCAAGGUCACAUCGUCCAGUUUUUACAGUUCAAAAUCAGCCAUCCGAGCUGCAAGUAAUGCCAUAAAUGGUUACUUCUGCCAGCAUAGAGAUGAUUGUUUCCUGUCAGGUAAAGAAACCAAUAGUUGGUGGAGGACAGACCUGGGGGCACCACAAGAUGUCAAAGAAAUCUGGAUACAAGCUAGGAGAGACACAAACUUGAACGACACCUUACAAAAUGUGGAGAUGCGUCUAGGUGGCUCUCCCAACUAUACGGACAACCCGGUGUUUGCCACGUUCACUGACCCGUAUCAAGUCGGAAUGUUGGCCAAAAUCACCAGGAAAUCUGCAAUGACUGGCCAGUACCUACAGAUGCAAUCUAUGGCACAUUCGUAUUUCGGCAUAUGUGACCUUCAAAUCAUUGGAAACUAAAUAUAAGAAAUAAAAAACUUUGCCCCAAUAAGGGAUAUUAUUGACUUGUCUUGGGGCCUUAGUUAAUUAAACAAGUUUCUAUGGUAGGCAAAUCCUCUCAGUCAGUGCCAUUAAAAGAUUAAGUAUGUUUAAUUCAUAGUGAAGCUUUUUGAACGAUUCAGUUUUAUUAAUUAAGCAAAAAACAGAAUAAAUCUUAUAAAAAUAAAGGGUAGAAAAUGUAAGGGUGAGUUUUGUAUAAAAUUAUAUUAACAUAAUAUCCACCCAGUUGGAUUGUAACCACUCUUAGCGACCUAGACCCGGCUGAACCAGCGACGAAGGAUCUCUGUGCAAGGCCAGUAGAACGACUGACUGAGUAGGUAAAUUUGGGGAAAUUAGGCAGCCUCGUUUAUACCCAACCCCAAUCGCUCUUAUAUCUGUCCAGCCUAUAUUUGAAGCUACCCAGCAUUUUCGAGUUGAUGAUAUUUGGUAAUUUGUUCCAC